CACAAACAGCGGCCACGGUCACACCGAACCAAAGUGGAAGGGAAAUAGAAAAUUUGACAAAAAGUGCAUAGAAUGCAAAUGAAAUAAUUAAAGUGCCCCAUUUAGUGACCCAUACCGCGAGGCCCCGAUCGUGAGUGCUGCAUAAACUGUCCUCGUGGAGCGCGCGCGGAUGCGACAAAUAUCGCGGAAAUUUCAGAAUUUUUGGCAGCGGCGAGUCUCCCAAAUAACAGCGGCCCAACAGCGAGUCCAAAGUAGCAAAGUAGCGAGUGCCUGGCCAAUGUGGUGUAUCCCCCCGUCCUCCGCCGCCCGCACCGAUACAAACGUCGCCGUCGCCUUCGCCUCCUCCCGCUAACGCGCAAAAUAUACGCGACUAGUUGUAGUUGUUGGCAGCCUUUGUGAGCAGUAGUAACGGCAGAAACGGGGCGAAAAAGCGAGCGAUUCAGAGGGACGGGCAGUGAAAAGCCAAUUAGCAGUGCCCGGGAAGCUGGCCCGUGUCCAGGCGCGGAUCCCAGCCAGCGCUCGUCGACUGCGGAUGUGGUGCAGCAGCAGCUGCUGCCACCUAACGAUAUUCUGCCGCCGUUGUUGUGGUUGUUGUUGUGCCUUUGCACCCACCACACGUAACUAGAGCACUCACACACUUCCACACACACACACACACUCACACACAGAACGGAAACACGCACUCUCGGGCCCACAGAGCAGGGAAAUCGGCGAUCCACAGCGAGGCGCGAAGUAGAUGCAGGAUCACACACGGAUUUGGGAUCGCAAGCUGAAACACUGGAAAACUGGAAAUGAUUUGCAAACAGGACGUCCUGGUGUGGUUUGAGAAACUCGAGAGCUACAAUCGCAUCGAAACGAUGUACGCUCUGCUCACCGCCUGCCUGCCGUUCGAGCUGCGCUUCCUGGGCACCCUGCUGGAGGAGCAGGGCAGGUGUGACUCGGAGACGCUGCGCGGCAUGGAGCUGCGGGCGAACAAUCCGCACGAGCUGGCGGCGGAUAUGCUCACCUGCCAGAAGGGCGACCCCACCGACCGCAAGAUCCGGCGUAAGAUGGCCCUUUACCUGGCCCUUAUCCGCGCCUGCAACCGCAAUUGCGUGAGCGAGAUCUUCCGUACUCUGGAGUGCUGGGGUGAGUGUGACUUUGGCUGCAUCAACGACCAGGACACGCUGCUCGAGCUGCUGCUAGUCUAUACUAUGGCGGCCAUCCACCCCGUCUUCUCCAUGGACGAGCAGAAGAAGAUCUUUGCCAUACUGGCCAAGAUCAAAGAGAACAAGUUGGUGGUGGAGCGGUUUAUACCGCAAGCGCAGAUGGAGGCUCUGCAGUCGCAGACGCCGCCAGCGCCAUCGCACCCGCUACCGCCGUCCCCCCACGAUAUGAUUCUCCAGCAGCAGCAGCAGCAACAGCAUGUGAUCCACCAGAUGCAGGCGCAACAGCCGCAACCGCAUCCGCAGCACCCUCAGAUGGUGCAGGUGCUGCAGGGCAACAUACCCAUGAUAUUUCCUCAGCACUUUCAAAAGCUCUUGCCCAGCUCCGAUGGCACGCAUCAGAUCAGUGUGGAGGGUAUGCCGCACCUGAUGCAGUCGAACAUCACCAUUCCAGCGGACACCAGUGCCAUUGUCGGUCACCAGAACACGGGAUGGACGAUGCGUCACUACCCUCCACCACCGCCCCACCAAGUGCCCGCUUCGCAGCAGCAGCAGCAGCCGCAAAGCGUGGACCAUCAAGUGCCACCGGCCAGCUCGCCUAUGCUGAGCCAGCAGUCCUCACCGUCAAGCAGUCGCACAACAAGUCCCCAGCGGGACCGCUCCCUCAUCAAUGUUCCCUUGCAGGCGCAGCAGCAGCAGCAACAGCAGCCACAUCAGCAGCAGAUGAGGAGUAUGUCGCAACGAUUGGCGGGUCAGAAGAAUGCUCGACGUCCUUCGGUGGAGACAACGCCGCCGCCCUCCUCCGUUGGCGGCGAGCAGCAACAUGAUAGUAUCAGCGAAGGCGUCAGCACCAAUUCCAGCGGCACCAGCCUGCACAGCCUCAUACGCAACGGUUUCCCGCGGCCAGGACACCACCGGGUCAAGGCGAACACCUUCAUACCCCAUCACCAACAGCAGCAGCAGCAGCAGCCGCACUUUCAGAACACCAACUACAACAUGAACGUAAUGAUGCAGAGUAUGACCAUGAACGAUGAUGGCAGCGGAUCGAUGAUGAAAAGUACGGCUACCACGGGCAGUGAGUCUGGCAGUUCGAAUGGUUCCUGCGGAGACCUGUCGCCCUCGGAAACGCCGACGCCAACGGCGCAACUAUCACUGCCACUUCACAGUACAGUGGAUACGGGCAUGGGCAUGAUCACCACUGUAGUGCCCAGCAACCUAGGCAGUUACCAGCAGCAGAAGCAGCAUCACCUCAGCUACAAGCAGCAGCAGCAGCAACUGAACCUGCAGCAGCGGCUAAACGGACGCAAUGGUAUGGAUAAGAACUACCAGCAGAUCUACACGACGGGCACGCCCAGCAUUGUCAGCGAGGCGCAAACCAUUAGCAGCGGCAGCUUGCAGCAACAACAGCAGCAGCAGCAGGCGUUACUUAUCAGUCCGUCGCCGGUGAGCACGCCCACAACCACAGUCCUUCUGCAGCCUCAACCGCCACCGCCCGCAGCCUACAAUGCCAGCUAUCCAUAUCACCAACGUGGACCACCGCCGCCGCAGCAGACAAUUUUCCAGGCGCAUGGCGCACCUCAGACAGUGCGUGGUGGCUUCCGCUAUCCAAUGGGGCCGCCGCACAACGGUGAACUGAUCUAUCCGGCCUUCCACUUCGUGCCGGUCCAGCCGGGCGGCAAUCCGACGGCGGUAACACCGCCCCAACUGCAGAGCACGGCGGCCGUAGUGAGCACGAACGCGGUUCCGGUUCAGACAGUUCCAGCGCCACAACCGCAGCAAGUUCCCAGUACGACGCCGUACAGUGCGUUAACCGUGUGCCCCAUAACGGGAGCGGGCGGUGGUGGGAACAACGGCCAAAAGGUGAUCUCCUGCUACAACUGCGGAUCGCAGACGCACAGCGGUCGGGAGUGCCAGGAGGCGUCCAUGGAGGACGUGACGCGCAGUGCCAGCUACAAGCUGGAUUACUCAGAGACGAGCAUGGAUGCCAAUUCGGCGGGUGAUCACCACAAGGAUAUGGGCGGCAUGCAAAUCAGCACUGCGACGACGACGCCGGCGGGCACAGUGGCCAGUACGGGGAAAUAAUACAAAGGGCACGUAUAUUCGCGGACGUAUAUGGAAAUAUAAUAACUGCUAUAAUAUUAAUGAUUAUGCAUAAUCCUUACCUACUUAUUACGAAUUACCAUUUAUUAAGAUUGUGUAGUGUGCGGAAAUCAAAUUUCCCGCCUUUGCCACGUCUCUUAGUUCCAUAAGCAAGCCUCUCGACAUGUGCGUUAAUUCGAUUAUUCAGAGAUCGAGGUAGGGCAGAGAUCUUGACAACCCUUAUCCAUAAAUAAGAAUGAUUUAGACGGACGCUGGCCCUGACACACACACAUAGUCGAUAACAAAUUUUAGUCAUAUGCCACACUUUAAAUAUUUCUAAUGUUAAGUUGUAUGUAAAAGAGCAAUAAGAAAAAAAGAGAGAAAAUUUGUAAUCCUAACCCUAAUCCGCGUUACGUCGCAGAAUCAGUUCAGUAAACAAUAAUAACCGCGAUCGAAUUAAGCUAAAGAACCAUUCAUUACGUAAGCCGCGACACGUAACGAAGAUGAGAUGAAUUAAGAGCCUAGGAAAUCGAAAAACGGAACCGGAAACGGAAACAUGUAGCAUACGGAAUACUUAGCGAAAAAUAUUUAACAAAUUUAUUAUGUGUAUAAACAAAUGGGCGUAGCAGCACAAUGUGCUUAGUUAACAGACUUAUUCUUAUUCCAGAAAACAGACUUUCUUAUUUCUCACCCACUCUAGUUAUCUUCGCCAUCUAUUUAUUUGCUGCUCCUUUGUUUACACAUGUAUUUUAGCAAUGUUUUUUUUUUUGUACUUUAUAUGAAUACCUACAUACAUACAUAUAUACAUAUAAAUAUAUUUAUAUAUAUAUAUAAAUAUUAUUUUAAUGCAAACAAUCGUAUAUGAUACACUCCCAUGUGGAUAGGGCGUACAUUAAUGCUAAGCACGCUGUCUAAUUAUUAUUUUAUGUACUCAGAACUUGACCCCUGUAUAUGUAUAAACUGGCCAAGUUAUAGGAAGAGAUAACCACCCCCCAAAAGAGAUAUGUAUGAUUUCCUGCCCGCCCUUUAGUUUCUUAUGUACAGAUGAUGUUGUUAAAAUUUUUGUAAAGUCAGCAGAGGAACUGCAACGGGAAAUUAGGACACAAAAGCAGAAGAUUUACAUGAAAUAAACACACUUUUCUGAGUUUCGCUGCUAAAUGCGUAGGCAUAACAAACAAUUAUUAUUAUAUUUCACUGAAAUAAUAAAAAAAAAACAAAUUGUUUCUAAAAUUCGUGUAACAACACAAAGCUACAAAAAAAA